AUGCUGGCCACCCUCACCCUCCUCCUGGGGCUGCCACUCGCCCUCACCACCGAGACCCCCACCUGCAGCCCGCUCAUCCCAGUCACCUUCGACAAUGGCACCAUCCCUAGGCUCCUGGGAAAAUGGUUCUACAUCAUCGGUGCCUCCAAAUACCCACCCCACCUGGAGGAGAUUAAAGUGGUCAAAUAUGCAGGUUUUAUCCUCUCUCCUGGCAGCCAUGAGGAUGAGCUCGACGUCGUGGAAGUCAUGAGAGUGAAUGAGACCUGUGUGACGAGGAACAGCAGCAAGAUCCAGGUCUUUCGGGAAAACUCCACCCUGAUGCAUGUCGAUAACAAUGUGACUGCUACAGCCAAACUUAUCCAAAGUGACAAAGACCUCCUGAUCCUGAAUUACUCCAGUGACAACUUCCCAGGUCUGAGCCUCUCAGCACGAACACCCAACGUGAGCAAGGAGCACCUGGAGGAGUUCAGAGCCCAGCUGCACUGCCUGGGCUUCACCGAGGAGGAGAUCUUCCUCACUUCUGAACAGUAUGCCUGUCCCCUGCCUGUGGAGAAGACAGAUGAAGGUGACACAGAGUCAUAGCUGGGAUAACCCACUCAGGCUGAGUCAGCCACUCCAUCCUCCUUCAGCUCCUCCUCAGGGACAUCCAUGCCUAGAGGCCCAGAUGGACUCAGCUCAGUCUCAAGGCUUUGUGUUGAGGCUUUCUUUUUUCCCUCCUGGAUGCAUCACCUGCAUUCCCUGUUCUCACCCAGACCCAAAAUAAAUCCCUGUGUGACAA